AUGACCCUCAAAAGCCUGGGCGACCUACCGGUGCUACCGUUACCAGAGUCUUUUGCGUUGACCGCAGCCUACAACGAUGACCCAUUCCAUGAAAAGGUCAACCUGGGACAAGGAGUCUACCGUGACAACAAUUGCCAGCCAUGGGUCCUACCCAGCGUUAGAGAGGCCGAAGAAACUCUAUACAACCGACAAGUCGACCACGAAUACCUCCCCAUAGCCGGAGACUCCAAAUUCCUCACUAACGCCCGUGAACUCCUCUUCGGUCCUCAAAUCGCCUCAUCAAAGAAUAUUACAAGCCUCCAGACCGUCGCAGGAACAGGAGCCAAUCACCUUGCCGCGAUAUUCUGUGCCCAAAAACUGUGUCCCAAAAAUGUCUUCAUUUCCGAUCCGACAUGGGAUAAUCACCAUUUGAUCUGGAGAGAGGCCGCGCCGAAUGUGAUGCAGUUACUCUAUCCGUAUUAUGAUCCUUCGACCCGGGGACUCAAUUUCGAGGGAAUGCUUGCUAAGCUGGAAAGUUCGGCGGAGGAGAACGAUGUGGUGAUACUGCACGCUUGCGCCCAUAACCCUACCGGUAUCGAUCCAACCCGGGAACAGUGGAAAAAGAUCGCAGAAGUUGUCGGACGCAAGAAGCUCUUUGUGGUAUUUGACUGCGCGUACCAGGGGUUUGCAUCGGGCGAUGCCGAUGCAGAUGCGUGGGCGAUUCGAGAGUUCUACUCGAUGCUGUUCACUGAGUCGUCGUCCCCAUCGUCAACGCCAGCAGGCAUGUUCGUCUGUCAAUCACUAUCCAAGAAUUUUGGACUCUACGGGGAGCGCAUCGGAGCGCUCCAUUUGAUUACUCCAACCUCGACUUCACCCGAGGGAGCCAAGGCGCACUUGGUUCAAGCAGUCCGUGCCGAAAUCUCCUGUCCUUCUCUGUUCGGUGCACGAAUUGUUCACGCUGUUCUGGACGAUGCUGAGUUGCGCUCGAAGUGGCAGGAAGAUGUACAGAUUAUGGCGCUUAGAAUCAAGAGCGUCAGGGCAUUGUUGAAGUCGGAACUGGAAAGGAUAGGUGCUCAAGGAGACUGGUGUCAUAUUGAGAAACAGAUCGGCAUGUUCAGCUUCACGGGGCUUUCUAGUGCACAAGUGCAGGAACUACGGGAGAAGCACCAUAUUUACAUGUUGAGUAAUGGGCGCAUGAGCCUGAGUGGAUUAAAUGAGAGCAACGUGGCGUAUGUUGCUCGAGCUAUUAGAGACGUGUUGUGA